ACAUGACUAGUAAGAUCUUAAUCUAUAAAAAUUGGCAAUUUUGGAAACCAGGAAAUUUUACGAAAUCAUGAGUGAAGUGAAUGAAGAGCAUAAAGUGGUUUGCUUCCUUGUGAAAUUCCUUAUAACAGAAGAGAAAAACUAGUGGGGAAGAACAGAGUUAAGACAGGACAGAACAGAACAAAACAGAGCCUUUCCUAUGUUUUCGGCUGUGUUGUGUCCAAAUUUGGUGAUAUUGUGAUGAAAUGAGGUCAUCAUUACCUCUAAAUAUGGCAAAUCAUUUCUGCCAAUCCCAUUCCCAAAUUUUUCUCUCUUUUUGUUACCAACCUAACCUAUCACAACAUGGGUCACGAAGGUCCUCAUCAUCUCACCUCCUCAUCAGCAUCUCUAGGGUCUCCUACAUUCCUUUGGAGCCCUAGGUUUUGCUGUUUUAUGCUAUUCCAAUUUCAGAGCCCCGAUCUGCAGCUACAUGUUCCGCUUAAUUAAGUUCCUUGUCAGUGUGGAACCUGGCAUAUCAACCUAAUGGGAUUGAAACUUACAAAGCAGGAACCACCCAAAGCUGAGGACCUAAGUGUACAUCAUCACAUGAUUAAUUACCUAACCAAGAAUUUUAUUCGUAACUUGGUAUCUAAGCAACGUAGAAGAAUGCUUAUAGCUGGUUAUGAUCUUGACAUGUCAUAUAUCACCGAUAGAGUAUUAGCAAUGUCAUUUCCUUCUCAACGAAUGCGAGCAAUGUAUCGAAAUCCUCUCUGGCAGGUUAAAUCUGUGUUGGACAUGAGACAUUAUGAGCAUUAUAAGAUCUACAAUCUCUGUAUAGAAGAAAGUUAUGAUCCUGCUCACUUUUAUGGACGUGUGGAAGCAUACCCCUUUGAUGAUAACCAUGUGCCAUCUCUUGAAAUGGUUAGAGAUUUCUGUGAAAGUGUGGAUUCAUGGCUGUCAAGUGACCCAAAAAAUAUUGCUGUUAUUCAUUGCAUGGCAGGAAAAGGUAGAACAGGAUUAAUGGUGUGUGCAUACUUAACUUAUUGCGGCAUGUCAGCAGAUGAGGCUCUUCAACUGUAUGCAGACAGACGAACAACCAAUAAUGAAGGAGUAUCAAUACCAAGUCAAAGACGAUAUGUGGCAUAUUGGGACAGUCUACUUUCAAAUUGUGUCCCAAGAGAAACUGGAAAUGGAACACUAAAAGUGAAGUUGCCUCCACCGUCUAGCAGAGAAUUACGGCGUAUCCGGCUUUAUGAUACAGUCAACAUUGACACUAUAUUCUUUGUCAUCUCAGAGCUACAAGAGAUUCCUAAUCAGGUGUAUCGUCCACCAGUUGAAGCUUACCGUAGCAGCUGUAGACAGAUUAAGAAAGGGUAUCAGAGAAACAACAGCCCUCGGUAUUAUAUAUCUGUUCUUGAAGAUGAUAGUGAUGGAAAGCAAUCAGAAACAGAAGAACCUCGUAUUGUAGUUCAAAUGGACACAGAGAGUCCUGUUAUAUACCAGAAGUCAUGUUUGGACCAUUACUUUGAUAAACCUAUACAAGUAAGUGGAGAUGUACGUGUCAUAUUCUAUGAGAAAAUGAUAGGUGGUCGCCUUUUCUACUGCUGUUUUAAUACAGCUUUUAUUAAGAACAGCUUGCUUCAGCUCACAGUACAAGAGUUGGACAAAGUUGGGAAGAAGGGAAGCUCAAUAUGUGGUCCUGACUUCUGCCUAGAAUUAUUGUUUGGUCCUGCUAAUACAGGAUAUUCGUCAUCAAAUAUAUCCAAUGAUGAACACUCUAGUGAUGAUUCUUUAUAAUACUAUUUCUAAAAAUCUUUACAUAAUAUGAAAAGUCCAUAUCCAAUUAACUUGUGUAACGUAUUCCUGCAAAAUGAUCCCAACCAUGAGUCCCUCACAGUGCCAUGUAGCAAGUGCAUUCAUUCCUCCAACUGUCUUGCUGUAUAUGUUUUCAUUGGCGAAAGGCAUGGGGAGUAAGUGUAAUUUUUUGUAUUAUGUUAGUCAUUGAGUAGCAUUUGGCUGAAGAUGAGGUUGAGAGCCUUUUAAUGCAAAAUUUCAC